UCAAGUAAUCUUAACCUCAAUAAAAAAGAUAUAAACACUAUAUCUUUUAAAAAUAUAACAAAAAUGUUUAACGGUUCCAAUUUAACGAUGAAAUACAAAACGUUUUCGAAAACAUUACAAAUGAUUAAGAAACACGCAGCGGAUAAGAAACCACCAAUUUCACAUCGUAUACAACAUCUUUUUAAUACGAUAAAAUCUAAGGAAGUUCCCAAAAAUUUAGAGUUAUCGAAUCAAUUAAAUAAAUACAGCAAAUUUAUACAUAAUUUACUUGACAAGAACACGGAAAACAAAACAUCUUUAAAUAAUUCCACAGUAAAUAAAUUAAAAUCGACCGCCGUGUUAGGAGCUGCUGGAUUAACAAUAGUAGAUUCACCAAUUUCUUCAUUACCGGAUGCUCCUAAACCUAUCGAUAACCUCCCUGAACCUCCCCCAAUUCCUGAUGGUUUAGCCGACUCCUUAUUAACGCAAACCAACGCGCUUGGAGAACCCACCUUUGCCUCUUUAGGAUUGGGUGGUAAUACGCCGGUUGGAUUGGUUCAAAAUUGUUUUGAAUAUCUACAUGUUACUUUGGGGGUACCAUGGUGGGAAGCGAUUGUGAUAGGAACGAUCAUUAUAAGAUUCUUAAUGUUUCCUUUAGUGAUAAUCGCUCAAAGAAACGCGGCGAAAAUGAAUAAUUAUAUGCCACAAAUGCAAGUUUUACAAUUAAAAAUGACGGAAGCGCGACAAAUGGGUAAUCAUUUAGAAAUGGCGCGAUAUUCGCAGGAAUUGAUGAAUUUUAUGAAAGAAAAAAAUUUUAAUCCUUUCAAAAAUAUGUUGGUUCCUUUGGCUCAAAUGCCCGUUUUUGUUUCGUUUUUUAUGGGGCUUAGACAAAUGGCUAAUGUCCCGGUUGAUAGUAUGAGGACUGGGGGUUUAUUUUGGUUUAGUGAUUUAACAAUUCCUGAUCAAUUUAUGGCGUUACCUAUUAUUACAAGUUUAACACUUUGGGCAACAAUCGAACUUGGAACUGAUUCUGCAAAAUUAUCAGCACAAAACCUCCAAACGAUGAAAUACGUUCUUAGAGCUUUACCACUCAUUAUUUUACCAUUCACAGUCAAUUUUCCAGGAGCUAUUUUAUGUUAUUGGGUUGCCAGUAAUUUUAUUUCUUUGGGACAAGUUGGAUUUUUAAGAAUACCAAGAGUGAGAGAAUACUUUAAAAUUGAUCCAAUGAUUAAACACAAUCCAGCUAAUUUACCUGUUAAGCCAAAAGGAUUUGUUGAAGGAGUUAAAGAUUCUUGGACAAAUAUUAAAAUCAGUAAAGAAAUUGAAGAAAGGGCACGAGUCGAUGAAUUACAAUUUCAAAGGGCAGGAAAAGGUCCUUUGGUAAAAACAUUUAAAUAUGAUCCAACCAAACAAGCUCAUGCAAGUCGAAAUGCAAUUAGUGCAAAAAAAAGAGAUUAGUUAAUUUUCAUUCUUUUUUUGUUAAUAAUUAAUUAUUAGUGAUAAUAAAAUGUCUUUAUUUAAAGAAACAUUUUAAAUUAUUAUUUAUUUGGGGUACAUUAUACAAUAUAUAGUUCUGAUUAGCACCAUUGGGUGGCGACACCAUUACAACGGCGAAUUUGAAUCUUA